CCGUGCCUGUUGAUCACGUUCUAUAAGCAUAGGUAUGUGCACAACAGCAAGUGUAUUGUUGAGAACGGGCACCGGCUGUCCCCUGCGCCAUGGGAUAUUGUACGGUUCUCUUCACGUCACGAGCGGACUUCAUGAGUGAGAGUGAUUGCCUUCUGUGAAUUAAGGCACGCAAGGUCUCAGCACUUCAGAAGCAAUCCAUCCAUGUAAUCAAACAUAUAGCGUAACGCCUUCUUACUGCAUAGGGUGCGGGAGGAGGGCAAUAAACUCGAUAACGGACAUCACAAGCAGCAGGUUUUUGGUCAGAGCAGAAGAGACUGUGGGAAGGAGGAAGGAGGAGAGAGGCGGCUCCGGAACGACCUUGGCCGUGCGUCUUCCGCGCCGCCCAGAGGAUGUUCAGCCAGUGUACUUCAGAGUUCCUCAACACUCGUGCCACAGCGCUCGUUGGAGUAAAAGCACCACGACCAAACACGCUGCUUCCACCUCUCGGCAUCAGCACAGUCGUCGUGGGAGCUCAAGCCCUGUAUGAAUAAAACGGGGGCACGGUCAUGGCUGAACGCAACUUCUUUCUGGUUGCUGCCUCGCUUCUACUGUUCUCCUUGCGCGAGGUGGCAGCAGAUCAGCGUCCCUUCUUCAAUAUUGCCCACAUGGUGAACUCCAUAAAGGAAGUGGACUACUACCUGAGGCUAGGCGCCAACGCUCUGGAGGCUGAUGUGAACUUUCAACAAGACGGGACUGCCAAACAAACCUAUCAUGGUACUCCUUGCGACUGCUUUCGGGAUUGUCACAGGCGAGAAGGGAUUGUCGAUUACCUGGAGUAUGUUCGGAAAAUUUCCAGCCUAUCGGAUAGUAAGUUUAAGGACCACGUGGCCUUGCUGUUCCUGGACUUGAAAGUGAGUGAGCUACCCGCCAACUCAAAAGAAAAGGCUGGAAAAGACAUUGCAAAGAAGCUUCUGGACCACCUAUGGUACAAUGUGGAUCCUAACAGGACGGUCAACGUGCUGCUGUCCAUUGGCCAUGUGUCUGACAAGGAUGUCUUCAAGGGUGCCAUCGAAACAAUAAUGAAGAACGGUGUUCUGGAGCUGGCUGAAAGAGUCGGUUUUGACGUUGGCCUCAAUGACCCUUUGGAAGACAUCGCCAAGAUGUACAGUGAACUAGGCAUUGACCACAACAGAUGGCAGGGCGACGGUGUUUCCAACUGCCUCAGCCUCUUCCGACCUGCAGGUCGCCUACGAGAAGCUCUGCGUUAUCGAGACGCACGCACCGACAAGAACUAUGCUGAUAAAGUGUACCACUGGACCAUCGACCUCACUUCCGCCAUACGUAGUUCUAUAAGAUUGGGUGUCGACGGCAUCAUCACCAAUCACCCAGAGCGCGUUGCUACUGUACUCAAUGAAGGCCCCUUCCGAAAGGUGGUCCGUCCCGCUUCGCCCAGUGACACCCCUUGGAAGAAGGUGCGAGCGGAUAUCCCUGCAAAUACUGGCGGCAAUGCGGUGCUCUCUGUGCUCGGUGACGUCUCAGAGGUGUUCCAGCAGCUCUGGUCUUACGUCGUGCGACGUUUCACUGGGAAAGGCAGCCGGAGCUCGCGAAUCAUCAACACUGUGGAAGGAGAUCCCCCGAUGAGCCCCCGAGAAAAGGCUGAGGAGGCCUUCUACCGUUGGGUAGCAAGAGGAAUAUAGCGACAUUUUGUGCCUCCUGUUUGACUCUGCCUUUCGACCUGUGAACUGCUGCCGAGCAAAACACAGUGUGUGGGUGCUCAUCGACCAGUAUUGGAUGCCUGUUGAUUAGGCGAAUGCGAUCCUAUCUGUUCUCCCUGCAUAAGUUAUCCUGUGCGGUCUGAAGCAUUGUUGUGUUGUGUAGUGACGCGUGUGGUCUACCCAAGUACAGUUCUUCUGGCUGUGGCCUUGCUUGAACCAGUGAAAUACUUCUGCUCACAUGGAGCUUCCAAUGCCCUUCGUGAGGCCCUAUCUCAGACUGCCAAAGAAGUCGCAAUCUUUUUUUGUUAGGUUGUUUAGUUUGCCAUCGUGCUACAGACUUUUCCAACCACAUAGAAGUAACAGGCAUCUAAUAACAUUUGUGACCUGAUGGUGGGAACUGAGAUACCGUUUCUCGCAUUGUUUGUCCGGGCUUGCACUCCCCAGUGUAACGGAAGGAAGACAAUCACAUGAACUUUACUCGUAGACAGUACCAGAAAUAGGAAUGCCCUAGAAGUCGACCACAACGUAUUUAUUUAUUUAUUUAUAGAGGGUUAAGCCUUAUGACGUACUGUGCCUUCGCUAUGCAUCACAUACCAUAAUUAUAUGACUGUUGACUGUCGGUUGAAUGCCAAAGUAACUAUCUCCGAAUCACAUUUCAAACGUGCUGUAUUUGAACUGAUCAUUAAAUCUGUCACACCCUC